AUGGCAUCAUCACUCGCCAAAGUGUUUAAUAUCCUGAAGGAGUCUGGAAUCGAUCUCUAUAUCGAGAAAUUCAACGAGAAGAUGAUUGGAAUCGCCAAAGAACGCCACCUUCUCCUCGCCGUUCCCUUCUCCAAAAUCCGGAAAGAUCCCGACCUUGAUCAUACUUUGAAAAGUGUUGCAGACGUCCUCACCUCAACGAUUAUGAAGCUUCUGAUGCCAGAUUCCGGGAUUUCCGCUCAGAAAGUGUCUUCAUUUUACUUUCGAGAACCAAUCCCAACAGCACAACGACCAAUAUUGUUCAGUUGUAAAGUACGCUCAAAAAAUCAACCCACAUACCACAUUCAAACAACCAUAAGACAGGACAACCUGGAUUCAACUCAACCAUCGCUUCUUGCCGCUUCACACAACCAUUUUCACUUAUCCGACCACUUGUUGCCUCGUCACAGAUGCAUCGCUUCUUGUCGUCAGUCGAACAUUGCCAGUGAUAGAGAUAAUGUGGAGCAACAGCAGCUUCUUCCUCUCUCCCCAUCCUUCACUGGAGCUGUUGAACGAUCAGAAAUAUCAUCUCGUCGAGAAAUCGUUCUCAAUCGCUCAGCCGCAAUAGAUAUUCAACAAGUUCUGCCUUACGUUGAUCUUGAAUCAUCUUCCGACGAUGGAGAAGAGGUUGACCCAUUUGAACGAGAGCAAUAUCUAGCUUUAUUUGGGACGAUAGAACAGGGCUCCAGAGCAGAAGUUGCAAGAGAAGAGGCAUCAACAAGAGACUGCCGUCAAACCGCUGAACUGGGAUCAUCGACUUCAACGACACUUGUUCUCAGAAGAAUGUCCAUCGAUGCUCCGAUAAGUUCGAAUCCACGAGAAACCAAAUGCCCAUCUUCUUCCCGCCAACAACCGAGAAAGCGUGAAGUGACAGCAAGCAUUGUUGAAGUCGCUCAACCCAAAAAGUUCAAGCCGAUUGAGAAAAUUUCUUACAAUUUUUCGUUGAUUAAUUUGUAUUCAAGAUCAUCAAGUGACACCACGAUUUUGAAAGAUAACUUGAAGAAAGUCGGAAUAACGAGCGUCAAAAUUAUGGAAACUGUGAAAUUGCCAAUAUGCCAAGAGAAUCGGCAUCUAGUAUUUUUUAGUGUACUCGGGAAGAACGAUGCAAAACAAUUGUCUUAUCUAGUGCAUUCGUCUGAUUGGAAGUCCUUAUUCACUGGGAUAGAAAAGAAGAAAGCAUCACCUUUUUUCUGGUAUGACGUUGAUGUGAGAGGAGUUAUCGAAGCUAUUCUGAUCGCAAAAUACCGUUUCAUAACAAAAACUGGCAUCGGAAAGACUUACUCGGAAGAGAAGCAGACACACGAUGCUUUAAGGUUGGCCGUGGCAGAUCCGACUGCGAUGGCACAGACGCGUCAGGUUUUCUGA